AUGGCCCUACGCAAACGCGCCGCGGCGGAUGAUUCGUCUAGCGAGGAGGAUAUCAAUGUGGACAAGAUGGUCGAAUCGAAGCAGGAAUUAGACAAGAUCCGCAAAGACCGCGAGAAGAAGCGUGCUCAGCUGCAGCAAGACCUCGACAAGAAGCUCGUUGGCCUACUUGGGCACAUUGAGCAAACCCUCAAGGACCAUACCCAGCAGCUUGCCACAAUCAAGCAGCAGCAGGUCGACCGCCUGACGGCCGCGGUCGAGACACGGGACGGGAUCGACCAGCACAUCAGCGAGAAACUUGCCGAUCUGCAGCUUGAGGGCAGAAACAUCGCCGCCAUGCUGGAGAAAGCAUAUCAACACCGACUCGAGAAGGCGCAGUCGCUUGCCACGCCCGUGUCGGAGGAGGGACAGACCCUUGGCGAGUCUCGCCCUGUCAAGAAGGCGAAGAUCGAGCCCUGAUCCUGUAAUUAUGCUGUAUCGAUGUAAGUGGCGGUUGCUAUACACACGGCGUUAUCUGGGAGUGACUUGGCGACCAAAAUCUGGCGGGUUAUGAAAUCUCUGAGCUUGAGAUGGGGACCGUUCGUCCAUGGUGGAAUGUAGACUGAUGCGUACUGAUUUUUUGAGUGGAUGAUACCCUUUGCUGCACCUGGGGAUUUGCAAUUGGCGUAUUGUUUUCAGACAGAAGGACAAGACAUCAGAGAACAAAGUCAAUACCCAACCCGAAUUUCAUCGUGCAUGGAUGCC